AUGGAAGCAGGAUCAGCAGCAGCAACUUCUACCACUUUUUCUUCUCUAACUCUUAAUGAUGAUGACACCACUCACGUGUACGUGCAGGAAGUACCAUUAGAAAGUCGGAUUCCACUUGUUGAUGGAAGACAAGAAGGAGUAGUUAUUUCUUUGAAUGGAAAUGAUACAGAUGUUCACGCCAUCAUGGCACAAACACUCCCAAAGUAUGUUAUCAUCCAAUCAAACCUUAAUAAUGUGUAUGUGCACUUGUACACAGCAAAUCCAGACGUGCCUGAUGCCCUCCGGUAUACUGGAGAUUACAGUUUCGGGCUCGAAACUAGGUUUGAGGUGGUGCCAGCAACCACCGGAGCGGGACUCGUCCAUAUCCGGUGUUUGCAAAACAAUAAGUACUGGGCAAAUUUUGGUACGGGCAACAAUUGGGUUACUGCCAUGGCCGUCAAACCUGAGGAGAAUCAAUCUGACCGAUACUGCACACUCUUCCAGCCAAUUUUCGUCUAUUCCAACAGUAACCGUGUGCUUAAGCUCCGCCAUGUCAACACCGGCUACUAUGUUAGACUAUUUUAUGGUGCCGGACAUUACGACCAUUCAUUGUCUUUAAUGGAUGACAAAGAUGACGAUGUGUGCACCUUCAUUGACUGGGAUGACGUCGUUGUGUUGCCCGACCUUAUCAGGAUCAAGGGCGAUAAUGGAAACCACCUUAAGGCCUCUGAUGGGGAUGGGUAUAUGGACUUCCUUCAACAAGCCGAUAAUUCCUCAAUGUUUGACUAUGAGGUGUCUCCGAGUCGCGACGGAGGCGUCCGCCUGAAGAGUACUCAAUUUGGCACCUAUUGGACAGAUAUGGAUACCAGUUCUUGGGUAUUAUUAAAGCAGCUUGAUGACCCCACAGUCCAUGCCACCAACACCGUUUUCUUGCCCACUGUACUUGAUGGCAACCGCAUCAUUAUGAAAUGCUUGAAGAACGGCCUUUUCUGCAACAGAUACAGUCACGAUGGUAGGUUGAGCGGCCUCGCCACACUUUCUCCCUAUCCCGACGAGUGGAGUUCUUUGGAGAUUGAGGAGCCCAUUGUAUCAAGGACGAUCUCUAACGUAAUAUAUCACCUAACUGAUGCACGUCUUUACAAUGAGAAAAGUGUUGCGCUUAUAACUGAUGAUUCAAGCAACAGAACUCCGAAUCCCUUAACGUCGGAGGUAGAUCUUAAGACUUCAGUUAUUAAUACAACUAAUUGGAGUACGAGUGUCGCAUUCAAAGUGGGUGUCAAGGUGACUUUAACCUAUGGGGUCCCAUUCAUAGCAUCGGGUUCGCUUGAGGUUUCCGCUGAGAGUACCACAUCUACGGAUUGGGGAGGAACAGAGGAAGAAAGCGUUGAAGUGGGAUCUGCGAAAACGAUUACAGUGGAACCUAUGAAUAGGUUGAAAGCGACUCUGAUGGCAACACGGCUUUCGUACGACAUACCUUUCUCGUACACUCAGCAUGACAUAUUAAAAAAUGGGGAUAAAAAACCUAUUGAAAGGCACGAUGGUGUUUUUACUGGCAACAAUGGCUACGGCUAUAAAUUCGAAGUUGCCCCGCUACCACUCGAGCCGCUUCCAGCUCUAGAGUAA